CAAAUGAGAUGCAGAAGCCGAAGAAAUCCAAUCCCUUCUCGUUCCGCGCUCCGUUUACUCCAUCCUUUCCAAUAGCGCGCUCUCUCCAAUACCAUUUUCUACUUCCUUCGCUUCUCUCAUCUCUGACCUCGUUUCCUCGAUUUUCCCAUGGCCUCUGAUAACCUAUCCAUCUCCGUCGCCGACGACGAGAACUAUGGAUUCCGACGAGAGGAGAUGUAUCAGAGCAAACUCACCGGCACCGUCAGUGCUUAUGAUCGACACGUAUUUCUCUGCUACAAGACUCCGGAGGCCUGGCCCUCGCAUCUUGAAGCGUCUGAUUCCGAUGUCCUCCCUAGACUCCUUUCUGCCGCUCUCAAAGCUCGCAAGGAUGAUCUCUCUGUGAAGACGAAGCUGACAAUAUUCUCGGGACGUGAAGAAACUGGAUUUUCGGAUGGAGAUGUGUUGAUUUUCCCCGAAAUGGUCAAAUACAGGGGUUUAGAAGAUUCAGAUGUAGAUGGCUUUGUGGAUGAUGUGCUUGUGAAUGAUAAACCCUGGGCAUCCAGAGAGCCAGAGGUUUUCACUGGCUCUCAUGUGUUUGUGUGUGUUCAUGCUAGUCGAGAUCGGAGAUGUGGUGUCUGUGGACCCAUUCUUAUUCAAAAGUUUGAGGAGGAGAUUGGGUUACGAGGACUAAAGGAUCGGGUUUAUGUUAGUCCAUGUUCACACGUUGGAGGACACAAGUAUGCCGGAAACUUGAUCAUAUACCAACCUGGUGUGGAUGGGAAAACUACCGGUCAUUGGUACGGAUAUGUAACUCCUGAAGAUGUCUCUGAAUUGUUUGAACAGCACAUUGCAAAGGGCGAAGUCGUGGAAAGGCUUUUGAGAGGGCAAAUGGGGACAAAUCCUGAGGAAGUCCAAAAGGAAGUUGAACAAAAGCUUCCAAAUGGAGAAGAUACAAAGAAAAGCAAGGAUGAAAUUCAAGAAAAUGGCGAUCAAAGUAAAGUAGAAACAGUAGCAGGUUGUUGCCAGGGCAGUAAUGGGUUCACUUGUUGCAGAGACGAAAGUUCAGGGAAAAGUACCAGAAUCGAGGAAACAUCGAAAGAACCUUCCGAAGACCAAGUUCCAAAAAAGACGAGUAAGUUAUCUUGCUGCUGGACAGAAAAAUGGGAACAAAGUGAAAUUCUUACUGCUGUUGCGGUAAUUGGAGCUGUGGCCACUGUCGCUGUUGCCUACAGCAUCUACAGGAGAUCAGGGUAAAGUAUAAAUGAUAUAUUUAUGUUUACACAUGAAAGAGUCUGUGCCCUGUUUCUUUUUCCGUUUUUUUAUGGUGGGAUUGGUGAUAUUGGUAAAGAUGAAGCCCUUUGCUAAAUUAGAAAUAUAGAUAGUUAAAUGAUUUUAACAGUCCGAGCAAAAACUAGAGAGAGUGUUCUUCUAGCUCAGCUGCUUCCAAGGAUAAAAAUUGUUUGUUUCUUAUCAUAUUGUUGGAUGACUAGCAAUUACUCUCAGCUUCUUGCUUAUUCCAUUUUCAAUACUCUUUUCAAUUCAAUACAUAUUGAUAGCGUGAGCUA